AUGCUGGCCACAUUCGACACCGUUAUGCAGGAACAUCUGAAGAGAAUAAAAAAUAAGGACAUUUUCCAACAUUAUUUGGGGAAAGACAUUCAAAACGAACUCAUCAGCCUUAUAGCGAAAGAAAUCACAAAACACAUUCUGCAGUUGUUGAAAAAUGCAAAGUAUUAUUCUAUAAUACUUGAUUGCACACCAGACAUUACAUUAAUUGAACAAAUGACUAUAAUUGUUCGAUUUGUGUCCAUCAAGGAAGGCGAGUCUCCAACUGCUGAACCAGAGAUCUGUAUAGAUGAAAAAUUUCUAGGUUUUAUCCAAAUCCAAAGUUCAACUGGAGAAGGUUUAACUGAGGCAAUUUUGUCUGAACUUGAAAAACUUAAGAUCCCAGUUGGUGAUAUGAGAGGACAAGGAUACGAUAAUGGAUCCAAUAUGAAGGGCAAACACCAAGGUGUUCAGAAAAGAAUCCUGGAUUUAAACUCACGUGCCUUUUAUAUUCCCUGCAGCGCUCAUACAUUAAAUCUAGUUGUGAAUGAUGCAGCCAUGUCAUGCAGGGAUGCUGCAACCUUCUUUUCUAUUGUACAGAAAAUCUAUGUGUUUUUGUCAGGAUCCACAGUUCGGUGGAAUGUCUUGAAGAAGCACAUUGGCAGACUUACGCUUAAACCUUUGUCUGACACCAGAUGGUCUUCAAGAAUAGAUGCUAUUCGUCCAUUUAGGUUCCAGGUUGGAGAAAUUUUUGAUGCUCUCUCUGAAAUUUCAAGAGAGAACUCUCACACGGCAAUGGCACAGUCUGAUGCUGAAUCUCUUUCAAAAGAACUGAAUAACUUUAAAUUUUUGUGUCUUAUUGUGUUGUGGUACAACAUCUUAAAUAGAAUAAACUUUGUUAGCAAACUUCUCCAAAGUAGAAGUAUGUAUCUCCCAGAUGUUAUAGAUAUUCUGGAAUCCACAACCAAUUAUUUGAAGAAUUAUCGUUCUGAUAAAGGGUUUGAAGAUUUACUGGAAGAGGCAAAAGACCUGUCAUUAGAAAUGGAAAUAGAUCCUGUGUUUCCUCCUUUUGUGCGACAAACUAAAAAAAAAAGGAUGUUUUGUUAUGAAGCACCGGAUGAUCCGAUUUGUGAUCCUGCAAAAAAAUUUAAAAUUGAGUGCUUUUACAGCAUUUUGGAUGUAUGUAUUAAUUCUCUUGAUGAGAGAUUUGGGCAAAUUAAGCACCACAGCAAGCACUUCCAGUUUCUUUAUAAUAUACAAAAACUUAAAGAUGUACCAAGGGAAGCAGUUAUGGAGUACUGUAUAGACUUGCAGAAUAUUUUGACUGAUGAUAAAUCAGGAGAUGCUGACCUGGAUGGAGCACAACUUUGUGAGGAACUUACAAUAUUGGCUCCUAUCUUGAGGCCUACAAUGACACCCAGUCAGAUUCUAGCAUAUGCACUUAAAAAUGGCUUUGCUCCCAAUGUGUCUAUUGCCCUUCGCAUAUUGUUGACAUUGCCGAUAUCUGUAGCCUCUGGGGAGCGAAGCUUUUCAAAGCUGAAGUUAAUAAAGAAUUAUCUUCGGUCCUCUAUGUCUCAAGAGAGAUUGGUAGGACUUGCAAUGAUUUCCAUUGAAAAUCAGAUUGCAAAAGAGAUUGACUUUAAAACUCUGCUUCAUGAUUUUGUAACUGCGAAAGCAAGAAGGGUUAAGUUUUUGUAG